AUGGAUGUGGAGGGCAUGGAACAAGAAGGUAUGAAUCAGGAUGGUAUGGGUCCAGAGGGAAUCAUUGAAGAGGAUAUGGGUAUAAAACAAGAAGGUAUGGAUCAAGAGGGCAUGAAUCAGGAUGGAAUGGGUGCACAAGGGUUGGAUCAGGAGGGAAUCAAUGAGAAUGGCAUGGAACAUGAAGUUAUGGAUCAAGAGGGAUUGAAUCAGGAUGAAAUGGGUGCACAAGGGUUGGAUCAGGAGGGAAUCAAUGAGAAUGGAGUAGGUGAGGAGGGCAUGGAACAAGAAGGUAUGGAUCAGGAGGGCCUGGUUGUGGAGGACAUGGGUAGGAGGCCAAAAUUGAGAAAGAGGAAGACUUCAGAGAGGAUAACAAAAAUACAAUUAAAGAAAUUGGUGGUUGUCAAACAUGGGAAGGGGAUGAGUUCAUCCAACCCACUUAGUCUAGAUUAG